AUGAGUGACCUAGACAAAGCCAUUGCACAACUACGAGCUUGUCGACCGAUCCCCGAAGCCCAGGUCCGCGAGCUCUGCUACAAGGCACGUGAGCUUCUCAUUGAAGAAGGAAACGUAGUCUCGGUCGAUGCGCCAGUGACAAUAUGCGGUGACAUCCAUGGUCAGUUUCACGACUUGAUGGAACUCUUCAGAGUGGGAGGUGACGUACCCGACACAAACUAUCUUUUCAUGGGCGAUUUCGUAGACAGAGGCUUCUACUCUCUUGAGUCGUUCCUGCUGCUGCUAUGCCUCAAAGUUCGAUACCCCGAUCGCAUCACGUUGAUACGAGGAAAUCACGAAUCGAGACAGAUUACGACCGUUUAUGGCUUUUACGACGAAUGUAUCCGUAAAUACGGGAGUGCGAAUGUGUGGCGUUAUUGUUGUGAGGUGUUUGAUUAUCUAGCCUUGGGCGCUUUGGUGCUCGGUGCAAGUUCAGAGCUUGAGCCGACGAGUCGGAUUGAGAAUUCACAGAUAGAUGGCGAGUUGGAGACGGAGGUGCUUAAUGCGAAUGGCGAAGUUACAUCUAUGUCUUAUCGGCCUCGGUAUCGAUCGUCAUCAGAUGCAUCGAUUGAUACAAGAGACAUUUCGCCUCCGAGAGAUAUAUCGGCUGCGCCGGGCAAUACUCCGUCUAGAACUGGACCAGCGGGUACAGGAGCAUCUGGCAGUAGCUCAGGAAGCUAUGGCACAACAGCGGGAGCAGUACUAUGUGUCCACGGAGGGUUGUCGCCAUUAGUCGAUAGCGUUGAUAAGAUUCGUCUACUUGACCGAAAACAAGAAGUGCCCCACGAAGGUGCCAUGUGUGAUCUUCUCUGGUCUGACCCUGAUGAAAUCGAAGGAUGGGGGUUGAGUCCUCGAGGCGCUGGAUUCCUUUUUGGCGGCGACAUUGUCAAACACUUUAACCACAAGAAUGAUCUUUCGCUCAUUGCUCGCGCACAUCAACUUGUCAUGGAAGGCUAUAAAGAGAUGUUUGAUGGGGGCAUUGUUACUGUUUGGUCAGCUCCGAACUAUUGCUAUCGAUGCGGUAACGUUGCAGCUAUCCUGGAACUUGGAGAAGAUGCCAGCAAUGGCGGUACAAUCGCACGUACUAACGGCGAUGUUGGAAGGAGUAAUGGCGUACUGCGCAGCGAUAUGGGGAAACAUGUUCCGGGUCCUGGUCGACGGUACAGGGUUUUUGAGGCGGCGGCGCAGGAUACUAGAGGCAUGCCAGCGAAGAAGCCUGUUGCCGAUUAUUUUCUGUGA